AUGACCUCCGAAACAAGCCCACAAUGCUCGGAAGCAGUGCUCAAGCACCUAAAGUCCAAGUUCGAAGAACAGCAAAAAGCGACCCCAAGCAGGGAGACUUUCGACAAGUUCCUUAAGAAGGCCACGGAUCCAAAGGCUUCUACUGCUCUGCCUAUAAAAGUGGAUACAGGACAUCCUCUCUCGCACUACUUCAUCUCCAGCAGCCACAACACUUAUCUCACCGGCAACCAGCUCUGGAGCAAGGCGAGCGUAGAUCCGUACAAGGACGUCUUGGCUCGAGGGUGCAGGUGUAUCGAGGUUGACGUAUGGGAUGGUGGGAGUCCUUCGAAUUCGUCUUCGGAUUCUGAAGAUAGCGGUGAGCAGGGCAACAACGGCGGCAGCGAUGUGAGCAAGCUUACUGGGCUGGUCAAGAAAGGCCUCAGUCGCAUACGCUCCGCUUCAUCGGCUUCUGGGACCAAGGAUAGUAUGCCCCCAGAGGCGGCGACAGACGCUACUUCAGCUGAUGACAGUGGGAAGAGUGGCAACAACGAAAAUCUUAGGCCAGCGCCAUGGCGAACUUCGUCCGGUAGGGAAGAGCCAAGAGUGCUUCAUGGCUAUACAGCAACCAAGGAGAUCCCAUUCCGCAGGGUUUGCGAAGUCAUUCGCGACUACGCUUUCGUGAACAGCGAGCUACCUCUCAUCGUAAGCCUGGAGGUACACUGCAACCACGACCAGCAGGAGAUCAUGGUCGAGCUGAUGAACGACUACUGGAAAGACUUCCUGGUCCCGAUACCGAAGGACUUUUCUGACCAUACACCUUUGCCCGCACUGAGCAGCCUGAAAAAGAAGAUCUUGGUCAAGGUGAAGUUCUCGCCUGGGAAGAAGUCGUCGCAGAAAACGGCAUUGCUCAGGAAGUCUUCUAAGGGAAGCGUCGACAAUGACUCUGACGAGGAUGAGGGACAGAUUGAGGCGACGAAGAAAGGCAAGAUCAUUGACGCGCUGAGCAGCCUAGGCAUAUAUGUCCGGGCAUGCCACUUCGAGGCCCUGGAUCAGCCUGAGGCGCAGAUACCUACUCACGUAUUCGCUCUGUCUGAGAAGAAACUCAUUUCGCUACAAGAAGAGAACAAAAAUGGCCUCUGGAAACACAACCUCUCCUAUCUCAUGCGCGCCUACCCUAAAGGCACCCGCGUCCGCUCCUCCAACCUCGAUCCAGCACCCUUCUGGCGUCAAGGCAUCCAAAUGGUCGCGCUCAACUGGCAACAAAUCAACGCCGCCAUGAUGAUGAACGACGCCAUGUUCGCCGACACCGACGGCUGGGUCCUGAAACCCGCCGGCUACCGCAUGACCAAGAAGCAGGACGCUCCACCAGAAAUCAAGCGUUACACCUACGACUUCUCCAUGCAGGUGCUGGCGGCGCAGAACCUCGACGCCGACGCCAAGGGCACCCCGAACGUGUUCGUCAAGUGCGAGUUGCACGUCGGCAGCAACGACGGCGGGUCCAUCCCGAACGAUGGGAAGAAUAAGGGUGGGGAGUGGAAGUGUAGCUCGGCGGUGCGCCAUAGUAAGGACCCGGACUUUGCGGGUGAUACGCUCGAGUUCAGCGGGAUUGCGGGUGUGGUGCCGGAGUUGAGUUUUGUGAGGGUCAAAGUCAUGGACGACGAUGCGUUCCAAAAGGACAGGCUGAUCGGAUGGGCGUGUUUCAGAUUCGAUCGCUUCCCUCAGGGUCUGCGACUGGUGCCUUUGAAAGGACCAGAUUCAAAGCCGACAGGGAGUUCGUUGCUGGUCGAUAGCCGUUUGGCGCAGAAAGAGUGA